AUGCCUCACAGGGCCGUCACAAGAAACGAAACUUCGUCCACCAGGGUCCGGGUGGUGUUUGACGCGUCCUCACAUGCUGGUGGAGCAACUUCACUGAACGACCAUCUUGAGAAAGGCCCGAAAUUAAACACUGAUCUGGUUUCAGUGUUGGUCCGCUUCAGAAUGCGCAAGGUUGUCCUAACGGCGGAUAUUCAAAAGGCCUUUUUGCAGAUUGGCAUUCAAAACUGUGACAGAUAUGCUUUGCGAUUUCUGUGGUUCUCUCAAGUCCCGACCCCAGACGAACACGAACAGGCGAUUGAAUGCUGGAGGAUGACGCACGUGCCUUUUGGAACCACAGCGAGCCCUUUCCUGUUGGGCGCUACACUACACCAUCACCUCCGAGCGUUUGAAGAGUCGGACAGAGAACUGGCUGCUACCUUGAUGGAAUCCUUCUAUGUCGACGACCUGCUCACAGGAGCCGCCACAACAGACGAAGCGCUAGAAAUUGUCCGGAGGCCCAGAGAAAUUUUACAACAAUCCGGCAUGAACUUAACCAAGUGGGCCUCUAACACUUCUGAGCUGCACAGUGCAUUUGAGCACGAAAAGAACAGCACUGAUGUCGGUGAAAAGUCAUUCUCUGAACCAACCCAGGCUAAAGUACUCGGAGUGGUGUGGGACAGGAGUGCCGACUAUUUCAAGUUUUCCGGCGAGCAUCUCCUGAGUGUCAUUACCCGCAUGAGUAACACGAAACGAUCGGUGCUGCAGGCCUCCAGCAGGAUCUUCGAUCCAUUGGGCUUCCUUGCACCCUACACCAUACGGGUAAAGAUAAUUUUUCAGGAACUCUGGAAAGCAGAGCUCGACUGGGAUACCACGCUUCCGAAUGACAUAUCAACGGAGUGGCGCUCCUGGUGUUCUGAGCUGCCUAGCCUGCGCGAGGUCUCAAUGGAGAGGUGCCUCCUGGCAUUGACACGGUGUAUUCCCAUCAGCUCCACAUCUUCUCAGACGCAUCCCCACAAACAUAUGGGGCGUGCGCCUUUCUUCGAACCAAAACUGAUGCAGGAGAAACAAAGGUGCGGCUCAUAUUCGCCAACUCUCGUGUCGCCCCACUGA